CUGAUGUCUUCCAAGUACGCAGAGGGCGUGACUGGCCGUGUGGAGUUCAAUGAGGAUGGGGACCGGAAGUUUGCCAACUACAGCAUUAUGAACCUGCAGAACCGCAAGCUGGUGCAAGUGGGCGUCUACAAUGGCACCCAUGUCAUCCCUAAUGACAGGAAGAUCAUAUGGCCAGGAGGAGAGACAGAGCGGCCUCGUGGGUACCAGAUGUCCACCAGACUAAAGAUCGUGACCAUCCACCAGGAGCCCUUCGUGUAUGUCAAGCCCACACUGAGCGAUGGGACGUGCAAGGAGGAGUUCACAGUCAACGGUGACCCCGUCAAGAAGGUGAUCUGCACCGGGCCCAACGACACAUCGCCAGGCAGCCCGCGCCACACAGUGCCGCAGUGCUGCUAUGGUUUCUGCAUCGACCUGCUCAUCAAGCUGGCCCGUACCAUGAACUUCACCUAUGAGGUGCACCUGGUGGCAGAUGGCAAGUUUGGCACGCAGGAGCGGGUGAACAACAGCAACAAAAAGGAGUGGAACGGGAUGAUGGGUGAGCUGCUCAGCGGGCAGGCAGACAUGAUUGUGGCACCACUGACCAUCAACAAUGAGCGUGCGCAGUACAUUGAAUUCUCCAAGCCCUUCAAGUAUCAGGGCCUGACCAUUCUAGUCAAGAAGGAGAUUCCGAGGAGUACGCUGGACUCAUUUAUGCAGCCCUUUCAGAGCACACUGUGGCUGCUGGUGGGGCUCUCGGUGCACGUGGUGGCUGUGAUGCUGUACCUACUGGACCGCUUCAGUCCCUUUGGCCGAUUCAAAGUGAACAGUGAGGAGGAGGAGGAGGAUGCACUGACCCUGUCCUCUGCCAUGUGGUUCUCCUGGGGCGUCCUGCUCAACUCUGGCAUCGGAGAAGGUGCCCCCCGAAGCUUCUCUGCACGUAUCCUGGGCAUGGUGUGGGCCGGCUUUGCCAUGAUCAUUGUGGCCUCCUACACUGCCAACCUGGCAGCCUUCCUGGUGCUGGACCGACCAGAGGAGCGCAUCACAGGCAUCAAUGACCCGCGGCUCAGGAACCCCUCAGACAAGUUCAUCUAUGCGACCGUGAAGCAGAGCUCGGUGGAUAUCUACUUCCGGCGGCAGGUGGAGCUGAGCACCAUGUACCGGCACAUGGAGAAGCACAACUACGAGAGUGCAGCCGAGGCCAUCCAGGCUGUGCGGGACAACAAGCUCCAUGCCUUCAUCUGGGACUCUGCGGUGCUGGAGUUCGAGGCUUCACAGAAGUGUGACCUGGUGACCACAGGCGAGCUGUUCUUCCGCUCUGGCUUUGGGAUCGGAAUGCGCAAGGACAGCCCCUGGAAGCAGAAUGUCUCCCUGUCCAUACUCAAGUCCCACGAGAAUGGUUUCAUGGAAGACCUGGACAAGACAUGGGUCCGGUACCAGGAAUGCGACUCACGCAGCAAUGCCCCUGCAACCCUCACUUUCGAGAACAUGGCAGGGGUCUUCAUGCUGGUGGCUGGUGGCAUUGUGGCUGGGAUCUUCCUGAUUUUCAUUGAGAUUGCCUACAAGAGACACAAGGACGCCCGAAGGAAGCAGAUGCAGCUGGCCUUCGCAGCAGUGAACGUGUGGAGGAAGAACCUACAGGAUAGAAAGAGUGGUAGAGCAGAGCCUGACCCUAAAAAGAAAGCCACAUUUAGGGCUAUCACCUCCACCCUGGCCUCCAGCUUCAAGAGACGUAGGUCCUCCAAAGACACGCAGUACCAUCCCACUGAUAUCACGGGCCCGCUCAACCUCUCAGAUCCCUCGGUCAGCACCGUGGUGUGAGGCCCCCGGAGGCGCCCACCUGCCCAGUUAGCCCGGCCAAGGACACUGAUGAGUCCUGCUGCUCGGGAAGGCCUGAGGGAAGCCCACCCGCCCCAGAGACUGCCCAACCCUGGGCCUCCUGUCCGUCCACCCGGCCCUGCUGCCUGGUGGGCAACCCCUGCUGGACCAAGGUGCAGACCGGAGCGGCUGAGGACAGGCCAAAGCUGAGCCGGUUGGGCAGGGCCACAGGGCACUCCGGCAGAGGCAGGGCCCUGGGGUCUCUGAGCAGUGGGGUGAGGGGCCUAAGUGGCCCCAGCUGGAGGGUCUUGAAGUAGAGGUGGCAGCCCCUAUCCUUCCCCCAGCCGCCACCCUGCGCCACAGUGGGGGCCAUGGCCCCAAGUAGCUGGAUCAACCCUCCUGGAGGGCCUGCUCUCUGCAGCCUGAGCUCCACCCCUCCUCUUCUUGCUGCACCACUCUUCUAGACCCUUCUCCCCCACCCUGCCCCCUUCGCUGGGCUGGCCCUGCCCUUCCUCACAGCAGUCCCUGAUUCCCCUGCUGGCAGAGCCUCCCAAGGGCGCUCUCAGGCUUCCUGAGCCUUCUCUUUGCCUGCAGCCCAAGACAGGCUUCCCCAGAUGCUGGCUCCGGACUGCCUUCAACCCUGCCCCGCACCUUGGGCACGGGGGAGCCCCAUCCACCCGCCCUCCCCCUCGCUUCAGGUGUCAUCCACCAACCACCUUGUACAGGACCAGCCCUUCCAGUGUUCAAGCCCUUGACUUCCCCGUGUUCCUAGUGCGCAGCCGCGCGCUGCCCUUCCGUCCCAGGGGCCCGGGUGCGCACCCCAUCCCCGUAUUCAGUGGUGAUGUCUAAAGGAAUGUCACGAAGUUUU